AUGCGCAAUAAGAGAAAGCGUUUUGAUGAGUGCGAAGAUAUCAAGGAAGAAUUAAGCGAAAUUCGUAAACAAAUGUCACAAAUGAUGUCGAUGCUCACAAAUUUGAGCCUUAGUCAGCAAGAAUUUAAUAAUAAAAUGAAUAAUGAUGUCUCAGAUAUUAAAGAACAGAUGGCUAAUAUAAAAACUAAUAUUCAGAAUCUCACAAUAGAGCAAAACACAAUAAAAUCUGAUAUCCUAAAUAUAAAGUCUAAUAAUAAUAUUACCAAUAAGAACGUUGAAGCAUUGCAGUCUGAAGCUUGUGAACAACAUCGAACCAGGAAUGGUGAAGAAGGUGAACGAAUCGAAGAUGGCGUUCAAAUGCAUGGAGAAUAUCAACACGUUCCUGGAAGCGGCGCGCCAGUUCGGCGUACCGGCGCAGGAAACAUUUUAGACGGUCGACCUUUGGGAGCGACAGAACCUGAACUCUGUGGUUAUUUGUUUGCAGUCGCUCGGGAGAAAGAAAGCCACAAUAUUGAAUACUUGCAGAAUAGUUCGCUUGUGAACAACAUCAAACCAGGAAUGGUGAAGAAGGUGAACGAAUCGAAGAUGGCGUUCAAAUGCAUGGAGAACAUCAACGCGUUCCUGGAAGCGGCGCGCCAGCUCGGCCUACCAGCGCAGGAAACAUUUUAG